CUCACACUGCACACUCUGCUUCUACAGCACAGCGCAAAGAGGACACCAGACGGAGAGGAUGGCGUCCAUGAGAGUAGUUGCUGGCUGUGCCCGGGCUUUGAGGAAUCCCAGGGGUCUCGUCGCGAGAAACUCGCCCCUGCUGUCGGGGAAGCCGAUCUCCGCGACGGGCGGUGCGGGGCAACAGGUGCGGAGGCUCAACGUGCACGAGUACGUGUCGAUGCAGAUCAUGGCGGAGCACGACAUCGACAUCCCCGCCUCCAAGAUGGCGGAAACCCCGGAAGAUGCAGAGAAGGCGUGCGCGGAGAUCAUGGGGGGAAAUGCGAUGAAGGACGUUGUGAUAAAGGCUCAGGUGCUUAGCGGGGGGCGCGGUCGCGGACACUUCGACAACGGCUUUGAGAGCGGAGUGCAUAUGUGCCUCAAGCCCUCCGACGCAAAGCACUAUGCGUCUGAAAUGUUGGGACAGAAGCUCAUCACCAAGCAGACGGGGGAGGACGGGCUUCCGUGCGACAAGGUGCUGCUGAUGGAGCGCAUGUACAUGCGCCGGGAGAUGUACCUGUCCAUCAUGAUGGACCGCGGAUCGCAGGGCCCCGUGAUCGUGGCGUGCCCCGACGGUGGGACUUCGAUCGAGGACUUGGCGGAAUCGAACCCGGAGCUCAUCAUGAAGGAAGAGGUGGACAUCAUGACGGGGCUCACCGACGCACAGGCGGGAAAGAUCGCGGAGCACCUCAAGCUGUCUUCGGACGGUCCGUCCUAUGAGGCGGGCAAGACGCUCCUGAAGAACAUGUACGCGAUGUUCAUCGAGAGAGACUGCACCCUUGUCGAGAUCAACCCUCUCGCUGAGACCCCGGAGGGAAGAGUGAUGGCGUGCGACGCCAAGCUCAACUUCGACGACAAUGCGGAGUGGCGGCAGAAGGACACCUUCCAGUUCAGGGAUUACACCCAGGAGGACACACGCGAGGUAGAGGCGGCCAAGUACGACCUGAACUACAUUGGGCUCACUGGAAACAUCGGCUGCAUGGUCAACGGCGCCGGUCUGGCGAUGUCGACCAUGGAUAUCAUCAAGCUCAAGGGCGGUGACCCGGCUAACUUCCUCGACGUGGGAGGCGGUGCCACGGAAGAGCAGGUCCAGAAGGCGUUCGAGCUGCUCAAUGCCGACCCCAAGGUGGCAACAAUAUUGGUGAACAUCUUCGGGGGCAUCAUGAGGUGUGACGUCAUCGCGUCGGGGGUGAUCAACGCUGCCAAGUCGAUCGGGAUGAAGAAGCCCAUCGUCAUCCGCCUGCAGGGCACGAACGUCGAGCAGGCCAACGAGCUCAUCGCGAACAGCGGUUUCAAGAUGAUAAUCUCGAACGACCUGGAUGACGCCGCGGAGAAGGCCGUCGCUGUUGCGGAGAUCUACAGCCAAGCUACCAAGGUCGGGAUUGACGUUGAGCUCCAGACGGCAAGCGCGUAAGCCGGUCGUACCAUGUUGUGACUUACGUUGCUGAGGUCGACUCCCUCGACGAAAAGACAAACUCGACAGGACGAUGUCGGUACAGGUGUUUAGGGUGGAGGUUUUGUGAGAACACUGCUUAUUUUAGAGGGUUCAGCAACAGUAAGCGUGGAGCAAUGAACUACUCUGGCCGCUGGUUUGCGUGGCCUAGAUGUUGUUGGCAUCCGCUGUAUCGAAAAAUGAUGCUUCGUCAUUCGGAAGCUCAUCCGCAUGUGUCCGGUUGUAUUUGGUUUCGGUCUCCGUGCAGGAUGGGCGGGCAAUUUUGCGUAGGCGCGCUUUGUCGCAGUAGUAGAGGGCUCAUACAUCCUCGGUGAACUUUUUUGUGUUUGGUUUUGGAGCGGUUUCGCCGGUGGAAGAAACCUCAUUAUUUCCAACCAGAUCUCUUCCAGAGUUGUUUGCGGUCUAGAGCGCAUAAAUGUUUAUUCCGGUGGUUUCCACGCGUGGCCUGCAGUGGAUCUUCCCCCUUGUCCACCUUGGGCGGAAGCAGCGCAACUCCGUGCGAGCAAGGAAUUCUUGGUUUUUUGUUUUUUCUUCCCCCGUGGAGGCCGAUGGGGAAUCAAAAAGAGACGGCAUCAAGCAAGGACUCGUCCGGGUUGAUCGCGGACGUCCGUCUGGUGCUCGAGGAUGCUCUUGCCAUUUUGGUGCGUUUCAGGAGUUCGUUGUCGGCGUACAGC